CCAGCGGGGGCGCCAUCUACCUCAUAGGAGGGGUCGACCACUCCGGGCAACCGCUUCGGAUCAUCCAAUGUUUCGUCGCCCUGAGGUCCGGGUUGUACUCGGCGUUCAAGUUUGACAUCCCGAACAUGCCCCCCAGUCUGCUCAGCGCCAGGGCGGUCACUUCCGGUCUGGACGCCAUGGUUUAUAUCGUCUGCGGGCAUGGGGAGGUAAAUCUUUGCAUUGAGUUUGAUUUGUUUGUAUGGAUCGAUUUGAUAAGGUCAUUUAUCAAAUACAUUCUGGUAGUCUUAUGGAAGUGACUUUUUUGGUGUGACCUUGAGGGGUUUGGCCUUGUCGUGUGACCUUGUGUGUAUGAGUAUGUUUGUAUGAUCUCGACUGUUAUGGUCAUGGGCGCCCGCAGAAAACCUUCUAAGGGGAGGGGGGCAAAAAAUCGAUUAACUUUCCAGGGGGGGGGGGCAACAAUUGUUUAGUAAUGUUUUAAUAUAGUUUUAAUUUACUGUAGCGUAUUUAUAUGGUGAACGAACGGAUAGGACAUCAGCUUAGUUACUUUCUCUUUAUUUUCUCUUUACUUUAAUACAUUUUUUGUCUAUUUUUGUCUAAAAAAUUGUUAUCCAAUCAAUCCAGGGGGGGGGGGGCAAGUGCCCCACCUUGCCCCUACCUGCGGGCGCCCAUGGUUAUGGUUUCUUCUACUUAAUUGAAUUUAAAAAUAAAACAUUUGCUUGUAUUGAUUUGAAUUUUUAACGCAAGUGUGGGUGUGACUGUGACUGAGUUUCAGUGUGACUGUGAGUGUGAUUGUGAUUGUGAGUUUCAGUGUGACUGUCAGUGUGAGUGUCAGUGUGAGUGUGAUUGUGAUUGUGAGUGUCAGUGUGAUUGUCAGUGUGACUGUGUGUUUCAGUGUGAGUGUGAGUUUCAGUUUCAGUGUGAGUGUCAGUGUCAGUGUGAUUGUGAGUGUCAGUGUGAUUGUCAGUGUGACUAUGUGAGUGACCGUGUGAAUGUGAGUGUCAGUGUGGGUGUGAUUGUGAGUAUGAAUGUGAGAGUGUCAGUGUAAGUUUCAGUGUAAGUGUGAGUUUUAGUGUCAGUGUGAGUGUCAGUGUGACUGUGUGAAUGUGAGUGUCAGUGUGGGUGUGAGUUUCAGUGUGAAUGUGAGUGUCAGUGUGAGAGUCAGCGUGACUGUGUGAGUGACCGUGUGAAUGUGAGUGUCAGUGUGGGUGUGAUUGUGAGUGUGACUGUGAGAGUUUCAGUGUCAGUGUAAGUUUCAGUGUAAGUGUGAGUUUUAAUGUCAGUGUCAGUGUGAGUGUCAGUGUGACUGUGUGAAUGUGAGUGUCAGUGUGGGUGUGAGUUUCAGUGUGAAUGUGAGUGUCAGUGUGAGUGUCAGUGUGACUGUGUGAGUGACCGUGUGAAUGUGAGUGUCAGUGUGGUUGUGAGUGUGACUGUGAGAGUGUCAGUGUAAGUUUCAGUGUAAGUGUGAGUUUUAAUGUCAGUGUCAGUGUGAGUGUCAGUGUGACUGUGUGAAUGUGAGUGUCAGUGUGAGUGUCAGUGUGACUGUGUGAGUGACCGUGUGAAUGUGAGUGUCAGUGUGGUUGUGAGUGUGACUGUGAGAGUGUCAGUGUAAGUUUCAGUGUAAGUGUGAGUUUUAAUGUCAGUGUCAGUGUGAGUGUCAGUGUGACUGUGUGAAUGUGAGUGUCAGUGUGAGUGUCAGUGUGACUGUGUGAGUGACCGUGUGAAUGUGAGUGUCAGUGUGGUUGUGAGUGUGACUGUGAGAGUGUCAGUGUAAGUUUCAGUGUAAGUGUGAGUUUUAAUGUCAGUGUCAGUGUGAGUGUCAGUGUGACUGUGUGAAUGUGAGUGUCAGUGUGAGUGUCAGUGUGACUGUGUGAGUGACCGUGUGAAUGUGAGUGUCAGUGUGGUUGUGAGUGUGACUGUGAGAGUGUCAGUGUAAGUUUCAGUGUAAGUGUGAGUUUUAAUGUCAGUGUCAGUGUGAGUGUCAGUGUGACUGUGUGAAUGUGAGUGUCAGUGUGGGUGUGAGUUUCAGUGUGAAUGUGAGUGUCAGUGUGAGUGUCAGUGUGACUGUGUGAGUGACCGUGUGAAUGUGAGUGUCAGUGUGGUUGUGAGUGUGACUGUGAGAGUGUCAGUGUAAGUUUCAGUGUAAGUGUGAGUUUUAAUGUCAGUGUCAGUGUGAGUGUCAGUGUGACUGUGUGAAUGUGAGUGUCAGUGUGGGUGUGAGUUUCAGUGUGAAUGUGAGUGUCAGUGUGGUUGUGAGUGUGACUGUGAGAGUGUCAGUGUAAGUUUCAGUGUAAGUGUGAGUUUUAGUGUGAGUGUGAACGUCAGUGUGAGUGUGAGUGUAGAUGUAUUAGAUUUAAUUGGGUCAUGUUUUAACAUAAUAUUAACUCUUUCACUUCAGUUCACUUUUUCAUUAGGAAUUCUUUGCCUUUUAUUUUUUAAAAAAACGACAAUUGAAUAGACUUAUCAAUGAUGCAAUUAAUACUAGUCAAACAAAGCUACAAUUGCUACAUCAGGUGGAAUUCUUUCCCUUAAAGUUAGGACGUAAAGAUAUACAAAUUCUUGUGUUCCAUCAUCUAUCGCAAUUUACGAGCGCGCCCCCGACUACCACGGUUGUUACACAAUCUAACUAAUCACUCUUUGAGACAAUAUUGUCACUAAUUGAGUAAAGUUCCAUGGCACAUGACGGCUAUUGUUUACGCUUGAGAAAUACUUAGUCGUUUGGUAAACUGUUAUAGUUUAAAAUUAACUUCUGUAAGAAUACUUAUCUUUCUGUUCAAAAUGAAAAUUUUAAUUUAAAAAACAAAAAACAUUUCCAUUUAUUUGGAUCGAUAAAAGAAUCUUAUCUUAUCAUUCGUAAUAGCACGUUUAAAAAAAAAAUGUUAGAAAUUGUUAACAGCUCAUCAUCUUAGGCUUAUUAAAAUAGCGUCGAGAUUUAUUGAUCUUGUGGUUUCUAACUAGUCUGCACCCUCCACCGUUUAGGUCUACCGUUUCGACCCGGAGAAGAGAGAGCUGAGCCACCUUACAACUCUGAACAACCUCAGCGAGAACCCAAGGGUCCGGUUCGGACUGGCCCACAUGGGCGGCUGCCUGGUGGUCAUCGGCGGUCAUCAGCUGGGCCACUCCAUGAGGGAGCCCGUCCGGUCCGUGUGUCUCGACAUCGCCACCAAGCUGGAAGUCCGCGAUUACUCCCCCUUGUUGCCCGGGGAGAUCGUCAACACGUGCCUGGCGGCCAAGCUCAACGCCAGCAUCUUGAAGGUGUUUACCAACUGACCCGACGC